AUGCAGUUAUCUGUUGUCCUAGAUCUUAGUUUAACAUCAAAAACUCAAAAAUUGUCAACAAAAUGGGAUAAAUCAUUAUCAACAUGUUCGACUGAACUGAAUGAUGAAGUCAUUUAUGAUAUCAAUUCAUUUGAUAUAUCCUCAUUUUCGAAUUCAACUACUGCGGAGAGAAAAUGUACGUUCGAACGUAUUGUAGAACAGGGAGCUUGGAAUUGGCACAUCAGAAAAUUAGGUGAACAACUUGUUUAUAAAUACUUGAAACUGAAAUUUAGUAAUCAUUUGGAUUUUGUGUCGAUUAAAUGGGAAAACGAAGAUGUAGACGUUAAUUUGCCGUAUGAUAUUCUAUUGAUUGAAAAUGGUGAAGUUCGUUUUAUUGAAGUUCAAACAACACAAUCAUAUAAUCAACAAACAAUUCAAUUAACAGUUGCUCAAAUCGAAGAAAUUUUCGAACAUGGAAAAAACUACUCUAUUUAUCGUGUCUAUCUUAAAGAGAAAAAAAUUGAAAUUUUAGAUGAUAUUCAAUGGCGUUUAAAACACAGACAACAGUUGGCUUGUUGUAUAACAAAAAAAACGUUAUUAUCUGAUAAUUCCUUUCUAGUUGAUGGAUGA